AGCCCCCCCACCCCGCUGUACCCCCGUGUGUCUCCCCCCCCGCCCAGCACCCACCGUCGCCCCACGUGGGGCAGCCCCACUGCGGAACCGGUUGGGCUUCCCGCCGGCACCGGUGUCUGUCUGUCUGUCUGUCUGUCCGUUCAUCGGGCAGGCCUCAACACGCACCCCCAGCCCCACGGGGUGUGGGGCGCAGUGGGGCUGCCCCCCCGGGAUCCCGCGGGGUGUGGGGCGCAGUGGGGCCGGGAUCCCGCGGGGUGUGGGGCACAGUGGGGCUGCCCCCCCGGGUCCCGCGGGGUGUGGGGCGCAGUGGGGCUGACCCCCGGGUCCCGCGGGGUGUGGGGCACAGUGGGGCUGCCCCCCCGGGUCCCGCGGGGUGUGGGGCAGGGCCCCCCCCGCUGCGGGCGCUGGGAACCCCCCGGGCGGGGGCAGGUGCGGGGCUCGGCGCUGCCAAAGGCGCCCGCGGCACCGGCGCACCCAUCCCGGCACCAGCCCCACACCGGCACAGGGUGGGGCCAGCCCCACGGCUGCCGUGGGGCGGGCCGGGGCCUGCGGUCAGGGGGUGCUAGAGCCUGUGGCUCCCUGGUCCCACGGUGCUGCACUGGCCCCACAGCGGUCUGUGGGGCUGGGACACCUCUAUGGGGCGGCUGGCACCCUUCUGUGGGGCUGGUGCUCUUCUUUGGGGCUGGGACCCCAAUCUAUGGGGCUGUCACCCUCCUCUGUGGGGCAGGCACCCCUCUAUGGGGGGGGCUGGCACCGUUGUGUGGGGCUGGCGCCCUUCUGUGGGGCAGGCAUCGCUCUCUGGGGAGCUGGGACCCCCCUCCAUGUGGCAGGCACCCCUCUAUGGGGGGGCUGGCGCCCUUCUUUGGGGCUGGGAUCCCAAUCUAUGGGGCUGUCACCCUCCUCUGUGGGGCAGGCACCCCUCUAUGGGGGGGGGGCUGGCGCCCUUCUGUGGGGCAGGCAUCGCUCUCUGGGGAGCUGGGACCCCCCUCCAUGUGGCAGGCACCCCUCUAUGGGGGGGCUGGCGCCCUUCUUUGGGGCUGGGACCCCAAUCUAUGGGGCUGUCACCGUCCUCUGUGGGGCAGGCACCCCUCUAUGGGGGGGGCUGGCACCGUUGUGUGGGGCUGGCGCCCUUCUGUGGGGCAGGCGUCCCUCUCUGGGGAGCUGGGACCCCCCUCCAUGGGGCAGGCACCCCUCUAUGGGGGGGGGCUGGCGCCCUUCUGUGGGGCAGGCGUCCCUCUCUGGGGAGCUGGGACCCCCCUCCAUGGGGCAGACACCCCUCUAUGGGGGGGGCUGGCGCCCUUCUGUGGGGCUGGGACCCCGAUCUAUGGGGCUGUCACCCUCCUCUAUGGGGCAGGCUCCCCUCUUGGGGGGGCCAUGGGGGUGCCGAGGCCUCCCUAAGUCACCCCACCCCCGGGGGAGUCCCUGCCCCCCCCCACCAUGUCACCCCCCGACCCCCCCCCGUGCCGCGUGUCCCCAGCGGCGACCUCUCCCCUCCCCCCCCGUCCCUCCCGCCUUCGCCCCGCCCCCUUCGAGACGCCACUUCCGCCCGGCGGCGGCGCCGCUUCCGGCGUGGCGCCCACAACCAAGAUGGCGGCGGCGGCGGCGGCCGGCGGUACCGGUAGCCCCCGGGAGCGGCCCCGCCCCCGCCGGGGCCCCGCCCCGCCCCGCGCGCCGCCGCCGCCGCCAUGAGCGCGUGCCCGGGGCGGGGGGGGGGCGGCGGCGGGAGCGGGACCCCCCCCGCGGCUGAGGGGGGGGCGCGGGUGCGGGGCCGCUUCCUCUCGGCCUGGAACAGCGUCCGAUACGGGUGGCCGGUGCGAGCCAAGACCCACUUCAGCAGAGGCUCCCCCCUGCACCUCCUGGGGCGCGUUUACUGCCCGGCGGGCGAGGAGGAGCUGCGGCGCUUCCGGCGCGAUUUCUGCUCCCGGCUGUGGCUGACGUACCGGCGCGGCUUCCCGGCGCUCGAGGGGACCCCCUGGACCACCGACUGCGGCUGGGGCUGCAUGCUGCGCAGCGCCCAGAUGCUGCUGGCGCAGGGGCUCGUCCUGCACCUCCUGGGCAGGGACUGGACGUGGCCGGAGGCGCUGCUGGAGCUGGAGGCGGCGGCCGGGUGCCAGCGGGCGAGGGACCCCCCGGGACGGAGCCGGGACCCCCCGGGAUGGAGAUGGGACCCCCUGGAACAGGUGAGGGACCCCCCAGGACAGAGCUGGGACCCCCCGGGAUGGAGAUGGGACCCCCUGGAACAGGUGAGGGACCCCCUGGAACAGGUGAGGGACCCCCCAGGACAGAGCUGGGACCCCCCAGGACAGAGCUGGGACCCCCCGGGACAGGUGAGGGACCCCCCGGGACGGAGCCGGGACCCCCCGGGAUGGAGAUGGGACCCCCUGGAACAGGUGAGGGACCCCCCAGGAGAGACCCGGGACACUCUGGAAUGGACCCAGGACUCACCAGGAGGGACCCAAGGCAGCCCGGGGCAGGUGAGGGACCCCCCGGGAUGGACCCAGGACCCCCCAGGACGGACCCAGGACCCCCUGGGGCAGGUGAGGAACCCCCCGGGACGGACCCAGGACCCCCCAGGAUGGAUGCAGGAGCCCCCAGGACGGCCCCAAGGCACCCUGGGGCAGGGGAGAGACCCCCCAGGAUGGACCCGGGACCCCCCGGGGCAGGCGAGGGACCCCCCGGGAGGGCCCCGGACCCCCCGGGAGACGGAGCGACGGCACCGCGCCAUCGUGGCUUGGUUCGCCGACCACCCCCGGGCGCCGUUCGGCAUCCACCGGCUGGUGGAGCUGGGCCGGAACGCCGGGAAAAAAGCCGGGGAUUGGUACGGCCCUUCCAUCGCCGCCCACAUCCUUCGGAAGGCGGUGGAAACCUGCCCGGAGACCCGCGGCCUCUCGGUUUACGUCUCUCAGGACUGCACCGUUUACAAGGGGGACGUGGCCGGGCUGGUGCGGGGCGAGGGCGACCGAGCCGCGCCGGAGGCCGGGCAGCGCCGCGCCGUCGUCGUCCUCGUGCCGGUGCGGCUGGGGGGGGAGACCCUCAACCCCGUUUACGUGGAUUGUGUCAAGGAGCUGCUGAAGCUCAAGUCCUGCGUGGGCAUCAUCGGCGGCAAACCCCGGCACUCCCUCUACUUCGUCGGCUUUCAAGACGAUUUCCUGCUUUACCUGGACCCCCACUACUGCCAGCCCUGCGUGGACACGUCCCGGGAGAACUUCCCCUUGCAGUCGUUCCACUGCGGCUCCCCCCGGAAAAUGGCCUUUGGGAAGAUGGAUCCCAGCUGCACCAUCGGCUUCUACGCCGGCGCCGGGCCGGACCUGGACGAGCUCUGCGCCGACCUGGCCCGCGUGCUGACCCCCCCCUCGGCGCCGGAGCGUUACCCCAUCUUCACGGUGGCGGAGGGGCAGGCGCGGGAGCACGGCUGGGAGCCCCCCUGCUCGGCCCCCCCCCGCCGCCCCCCCCCCCGCGCCGGCAAGCGCCCCAAAAAACCCACCGCCGACGAGUUCGUCUUCCUCUAACCCCCCCACCCCCACCCCGGGACCCCCCACCCACCCACCGUACACUGGAUCGCGGGUUGGGGGGGCCUCCGCUGCCCCCCCCGCCCCCCCCUCAGGGUUUGGGUCACUACUGCGCCGGGAGCGGAGCUGGCGGCCGCGGG